CAACAUCAACUUAGUUGGUACUCAAAAACAACUGGAUCACUUUUUUUCUGGGAGGAGGCAAGAAGCUUGACAUCCUCGUCGUUUUGCUUCUUCUGCUUCUUCCGUGCUCUUUUCUUACUGUCUUUCACUCUGUUCGAGAUUCAUAGUAACACACAAAACUAAUAAUAUAUAUACAAAACUACAAACCAUUCAUUUUUUUGCAGAAGAAGCUAGCAUUUUUCUCUCCCUCUAGUUUUUUCUUUCAAUUUUCCCGCUCAGAAUCCUUAGUUUUCUUCUCUAUCAUUGCAUUGUAUUCUUUCUCGUUUUCUGAGAAAGUAGAAGAAGAAUAACAGAUGAAUGGCAGAGCACGCACCACUCUUCACUCAAUGAAACCUCCUUUGAAUGACACCAAAGGGAAGAUGGAAGGUGGAGGAAACAGAACAAUGGCUGGGGGGCGUCGAUCCAAUCGAGAAAGGAAGAUGGCUUUGCUACAAGAUGUGGAUAAGUUGAAGAGGAAGCUCAGACAUGAAGAGAAUGUACAUAGAGCCUUAGAAAGAGCAUUCACAAGACCUCUGGGAUCCCUACCUCGUCUUCCUCCUUAUCUUCCUCCAUAUACAUUGGAGCUUCUAGCUGAAGUAGCAGUGUUGGAGGAGGAAGUGGUUAGACUUGAAGAGCAGGUUGUGAAUUUUAGACAAGGUUUAUAUCAGGAAGCAGUGUACAUUUCCACAAAAAGGAAUGCAGAGAAUUUGAGUGACCCUAUUGACCAAACCCCUAUUAGGAGUUCCAAGCACCAGAGAUCAAAAUCCAUGUCCCAAAGUGAGUUUAAUUCAACUAUGAUAACAACAAGGUUGCCUCAGCCUUCUCUAGCCAGAAGUGCUUCCAGCAGAAAGCUGUUAUUCUCCUCUGAUACUGUCACUGAUCAAACUGCUGGGAAGCUAGCUCAUGGGAAGCAAUUGCACAGAAAGCAAGAUUCAUUCUCUUCUAUCCCAGAAGAGGGAAGGGGAAAGGAGAAUAGGUCAUCUAGCAACUUAGUGAAAGAUAAGCAAUCUCCAGAAAAGAAACUGGGUAAAAUCAUUACUCCAGUAAAGAGGUCUCCAUUCAAACAAGAAUCAGCUGAGAAGAGCUUGGAUCACUUGAAGUUGCAGUUGGAUUGGAGAUUAUCAGAGCAGGAAAGGGCACAGACUUCAUCAAGUUCAUCAGAUGAUAAAGUGUCAGAAGUUGAUAGCACGCCCAAUAGAGUUUCAGAGGAUCUUGUGAAAUGCUUGUCUAGCAUAUUCAUGAGAAUUAGCACAUCCAAGGACAAAUUUGGGGAAUCUAAGACGCCUUCGCGCUUCAUAUCAGCAUUGAACCAAUGCAGCAAGGAAAAGGAUCAGUUCUGUGAUCCUUAUGGUAUCUGUUCAGAAUCUAAAACAAGAGAAGUUGGCCCUUAUAAGAAUGUAUGUGAAGUUAAAGCCGCCACGGUUGAUUUCAACAGAACAACAAAUGCAGUGUUUCUAAUCCACAGAUUAAAGUUCCUACUUGGGAAACUUGCCUCUUUAAAUUUGAAGGGCCUUAAUCAUCAGGAAAAACUUGCAUUCUGGAUAAACACUUAUAAUUCCUGCAUGCUAAAUGCAUAUCUAGAACAAGGCAUACCUGAGAGUCCUGAAAUGGUUGUAGCACUAAUGCAAAAGGCAAUGAUAGUAGUGGGGGGCCAGUUGCUCAAUGCAAUUACAAUAGAGCAUUUUAUCUUGAGACUUCCUUAUCAUCUGAAGUUUACAUGUCCAAAAGCUGCAAAAAAUGAAGAGGUGAAAGCACGAAGCAUAUUUGGCCUGGAAUGGUCUGAGCCUUUAGUAACAUUUGCACUUUCCUGUGGAAGCUGGUCUUCACCUGCAGUGAGAGUGUACACAGCAUCAAAAGUUGAUGAUGAGUUAGAAGCAGCAAAGAGAGACUAUUUACAGGCUUCAGUUGGCAUUACAGAAACAAACAAGUUAAUAAUCCCCAAGUUACUGGACUGGUAUUUACUAGACUUUGCAAAGGACCUGGAUUCUUUAUUAGACUGGAUCUGCCUCCAACUACCUGACCAAAUAAGAAACCAAGCAGUUAAAUGCCUUCAAGAAAGAGGAACAGACUCGGUUUCACAGAGGGUACAAAUGAUGCCCUAUGAUUUCAGUUUCCGGUUGCUUUUACACCAAUAAUUGCGUCUUUGGAAAUCCUUCCACAAUUGAUUAAAAAUGCAUAAUCAAUUAUAGGGAGAAUCUAUUAUAGGGAGAAUCUUCUGUGAGUAACUUUUAGAUUUCAAAAUUGACACUGUAGAAAGAGAAAUCGAUUCAAACAUGUUACAAGUCGUCGUGAGUGGAGGGUUCUGAACUUUGGUGUGGUGGGUUCUUUUGUUUUUUUGUACAUGGGAUAGUUCACAGAGAAAGUACAUAAUUCAAAGCAUGUAUUGUUUUCAUUUGGGAAUGGUUUAGGACUUUUGGGGUUCUGCAAUUCGGUCAAUAUUGCUGAUAAGUUAUGGUUUUAGAAAAUAUACUGAGAAA